AACUUGCUCGGUGCUUUUCUAGGGAGUUUCUCGAAAAGACUCUUCUCGGAGUAUUAUUUCGUUGCUGUUCGUUUUCAGGUUCCUAUUUGAGCCAAGGCCGCCUAAACAGAAGCAAGGCACAAUUACGGAAUGGUCAUGGCAUCGUCGCUGUUAAGGAUACUAUUGCUCCUGGCUCCAGGGGUUCUGGCGUACGCCUUCCUAACCUACAUAGAGGUCCGCCGUCCGCUUCCGGGCACGCGGCCUCCUCCUGGAUCUCCGUGGCCUGUGCCCCAGCGCUGGAAGUCGUUGCCCCUGCAGCGGAGCCUGGACCCGGACACGCUCGCGCUAAGCUCGGAGGCCGCCGAAUCGUGCGACGUGAUAGCCAAAGCUGUGGCUCGCUACCGUAAGCUCGCCUUCCUCGGAGACACGCGAAGAGGUUCUGCUCAAGGAGAGGACGACAUCUCGGGCGUCAUCGAUCACAGGGUGCUGCCCGCGCUUAGGGUCGAGGUGACUCACUACCAGGGAGAGGAACACUGCGGCUACCCGCAACACAAGGACGACGAAAGCUACUCUCUUAUCGUACCUGAACAAGGCGACGCUGUAUUAAAGUCCCAAACUGUCUGGGGUGCGUUACGGGGACUCGAGACCUUCAGCCAACUCGUUCACCAGGAUUCUGUUAGUAAAGCGUUUCUCAUCAAUGUAACCAUGGUAGACGACUUCCCCAGGUUCUCCUACAGAGGCGUACUACUUGACUCAUCAAGACAUUUUCAACCUAUCAAGAUUCUCAAGCAAAACUUGGACGCCAUGGCCUACAACAAGUUCAAUGCAUUCCAUUGGCACCUUGUCGACGACCAAUCGUGGCCGCUGGAAAUGGCGACUUACCCAAACUUGACGCAGAGUGCGUAUUCCCCGAGGCAUGUGUACAGUCGAAAGGACGUCCAAGACAUCAUCGAGUACGCUCGACUACGUGGAAUCCGUGUCAUCCCCGAGAUCGACACUCCGGGACACACGCAAGCCUUGGGAAAGGUCUUUCCCGAUAUUCUCACUGCAUGCUACUUCAACCGCACCCGUGGAAAGCCCAACUACACCAGGCAUGCGGCAUUCGAGAUGCUGGACCCCACGCAAAACUACACCUACGACGUCAUGAGGAAUAUAUUUCGAGAAGUUAUUGAGGCAUUUAAGGACCGUUACAUCCACCUAGGCAUGGACGAAGUCUACUAUUCUUGCUGGGAAUCAAGUCCCGAGAUUGCCGAGUUUAUGAAGAAGCAUGGUUUCCGUACCAUGAGCCACCUGGAACAGUACUAUGUCCAGAGGACACUGGCCAACGUCCAGGAACUGGGUGCAAAGUACAUGAUCUGGCAGGACCCCAUCGACAACAACGUCAACGCGGCAGACGACACUCUUGUUGUAAUCUGGAAAGGUGGACCACGAUAUAAAAAUGCGACGCCGUGGCAGACCCACGCCAGGAAUAUCGCCCGCAAGGGCUACCAGAUGGUUGUGUCGGCUUGCUGGUACCUGAACCACAUCGCGUCUGGCCCAGACUGGAAGGACCUCUACCAGUGCGAUCCUCGUGGCUUCAACGGGACUGAACAAGAAAAGAACAUGGUCGUCGGCGGUGAGGCUUGCAUGUGGGCCGAGUACGUAGACGGCACCAAUUUGAUCCCGAGGCUAUGGCCCCGCGCGUCAGCCGUUGCCGAGCGUUUGUGGAGCAGCGCUGACGUGAAUAACACGGAUGACGCCACUUUCCGGUUGGACCAACAACGCUGCCGUAUGCUCAGGCGCGGCAUACCGGCGCAGCCUAUUUUGAACGGCUACUGCGGCAACUACGAAUGGGAUAUGGACACUCCGUAUCACAUCGACUAACACGCAGCGGCUGCGAAAACACUCAAAAUGCCGCUAAAUGUCUCAGGGCAGCGUCACAAUUGAAAGGCACGUCUCAAGUGCGAUUGUUUGUGUUAUGACGGCAAAG